CCCGUCACACUGCCCAAAAUGAUUAUUCGGCAUAUCGUGCUAGCGAUCUCGCUAGCAUUAGCGACUGCCGACCAUGCCCCAUUGAGUAGAGAAUAUGGGCCACCUGCACCAUAUCCAGCCGAGAAGCCGCCUUCCUUUGAUUAUGGACCACCUGCCCCGUAUCCUAAGGAGCAAGCUCCAGCUCCACCGCCACCACCACCGCCCCCUCCGCCACCUCCAGCGGAGUACGGACCCCCAGCUCCAUACGCACCCGAAGCUGCUCCUCCGCCUCCACCACCACCUCCACCACCACCUCCUCCCCCACCGCCACCACCCCCGGCAGAGUAUGGGCCGCCAGCUCCAUACCCCGCAGAGCCCGUCCAAGAAUACGGACCACCAGCUCCGUAUCCAGCUGAGCGUGCCCCGCCUUUUGAGUACGGGCCUCCAGCACCUUAUCUACCGGUUAAUUAUGUAAUGUCGAAGCAUUUUCAAAUGGACGAUCCAUCCCGAGGAUACUCUCAUGGGUACACCGAUGGUAAAGGAACAAGCGUCUCUGAGCAAGGUGUGGUUAGUGGCACCACUCUCAUUAAAUCUGGACAAUUCUCCUAUACGAGUCCAGAGGGCAAGCGUAUCCACGUCAAAUACAUUGCAGAUGAUAGAGGCUUCAGAAUCAUUGAAUGAGAACUAGGAAAAUACAAAUAGGUGCUCAGUUGUUCAAUGCCAACUGUAUCCUGAAAUGCACAGGUCUACCUAGCUGUAUACCUACUCCUGUGAAGAUUUCACUCGGUGUGAGUUAAAUGAGGUUAAAUUCGCCCUUGAAAUGUAAUUAUUUACGGGGAAAGCAAAGGUGUAGCUGAUUAAAUCACUGCAAUAUCAGAAGAACAUAUUUUUCAACUGAAUCACAGGAAAAGUUUAAUUUUAAAGGCCAUUAGCUAAAAGCUUACAUUAUUUAUCUCUGGGACUUCAAAAAAUGAAACCUCUGGUGGUGUCCUACCUCGGCUGAGUGAAAUAUUGAUCAUACGGCAAUAAUAGAUCCUCAGUGAUCUGCUCAAUUUAUAAUCUUAUACUCUGAUCGUUAAAUAAAAUGUUGUUUACUCCAAACGAUGGACUGAAUGAUUUAUUGCCAUGUUACCGUCUAUUGUAGCAUUAUUUUGCAGCCAUCCAUAGACAAUAUAACUCCACAGAAGGUACCUACAAGGGUGUCUGCUAUCGAAAUUCAGCAUCAGAGGCUGUUCGGCAGAUCGUUGCGAGAAAAAUUUGAAUUAGUAUAAUUUUAUACGACUUCUGACAAAUUAAACUGGGAGCCACUAGUUUUUUGCUCUUUUCCUUCAUCCUUGAGUGCAGUUUGAUUGUUAGAAUUUCGUGUUUGUCAACUGGACAAGACAAGACUUGGGAGGAAUGGACUUAUGUGAUUGGCCGGGUGAUUGGUCAGUCACUGAAUUCACUGGACAUAGGUAGGACAAAGAGGAUGAUUGAUGAAGCUGGCCCAUCACAUAGUUCGAUUCCACCUUAGUCUCAUCUCUCCCAGUCAACAAACACAAAAUUUUAGCAAUAAGACUGCUGCAAAGGUUUGAUUUUUUCAUCAUUUUUGGCAACCCUUACGCCUGAAUUGCAUUUUGCAAAAAGGAACCAAAAGCAUUCCAAUGUUGGUAGGGUUGUGCAACUCACAUUUUUUACACUAAAAUUACUGAAAUCAUGCAAAAAAGUAAAUUUAUACAAAGCUAAUUUUUGUCUUUUAUAGUUUAUUGGGACUGAAUUUUUUUGAUGAUCAGUUAAUAUUUGCAAGGUAAAAAAGUUGCACAAUCUCAGCGACAUUGGAAUGCUCUUGGUUCCUUUUUGCAAAAUGCAAUCCACCUAAUGAACUAUUUCACAAAGUAUCUGUGGAAAAUUGGGAAAGAGAUAGAGAUAAAGGCAGCAUUAGGUACCUACAUUUUUUUUUUGGAGGGGGGGGGUGUUAAACAGAGCGGUGACGAAAUACAAGGAUGGGUGUUAAAAACUGCAUUUGUCAUUUUAUUUUGUGAUUUCUGAAUGGUUCCUUCCGGGCGAUAAUUAGUUUUUUCAACGUCCUUGAAAAAUGUUUGAAUCAUAUUAUUUUUUUAUAACUAGGUACCUCUUAUUAUUUACUUAUUUAAUUUUCUUGUUAAAAAUUUUGUUCUUCGGAUGAAGAGCUCAUUCAUAUGGCAUCCUGCAAAAGGUGAUUUUUUAUAUUUUCUCAUUGUAUCUCUACAAAUGGAUUCAGGCGUGACAUCACAUAAAAGUCCAAUAAAAUAACAAAAUUGUACUUCAAA